ACUUAUUAGAGUUUAGAGUCAUUCCGGUGUUCUGUUUUUGGUCGGUUGAUCACUAAACCUAAUACGGCUAAUAGCUUCGUCUUCUCUCUAAGUAGUCAGCCGUCCUCUCAGACAAUAUCAUACUAAACCCCCCUUUAAACCCUGUUUUAGGGUUUAUCAUCACUACAAAUUCCUCUCUUCAAAAAUAAUAGUCUCCGUUUUUUAGGGUUUAUAUUCAUCAAAAAGAAUUUCUUUGUCUAUCUUCCACCAUGAAUUACAGGUUUCAAAAUCUUCUUGGAGCUCCAUACAGAGGAGGAAAUGCCAUUAUUACCGGAAAUACCCGCUUAAUUUCAUCGGUGGGUAAUCGGAUAUCAGUCACAAACCUUGUUAAAUCGGAGACAAUAACUUUACCUUGUCAAUUUUCAUCAAAUAUUUCUCGAAUUGCUGUAUCGCCGGAUGGAAACUUUAUCUUGGCAGUUGAUGAGAAUAAUAGGUCUCAAUUUAUUAAUCUGCAUCGUCGAAUUGUACUCCAUAGAAUCACAUUUAAGGGUAAAGUUUCUGCCCUUGAAUUUAGCCCUAAUGGCCAUUUUAUUGCUGUUGCUAUUGGUAAAUUAAUUCAAAUUUGGAGAUCACCUGGUUUUAAGAAGGAGUUUUUUCCAUUUGAAUUAGUUAGGACUUGUGCUGAUUUUGAUGAUAGGGUUACUUGUUUGAAAUGGAGCCCCGAUUCGGGUUAUUUGCUUGCUGGUUCUAGGGACUUGACUGCUAGGAUGUUUUGUUUGAAGAAAUUGGAUGAGAAAAAGAAUAAUAAACCGUUUUUGUUUCUAGGUCAUAGAGAUGUUAUUGUGGGUGUGUUUUUUGGUCUUGAUAACAAGACGGGUAAAAUUUUGAGGGUUUACAGUGUUUCUCGUGAUGGGGCUUUGUUUAAUUGGGGUCCAAAUUUUGAUGGUGAUAUGCUUGACCCGCCUUCUCCUGGUACACCUGAAAGAAUGGAUGAGGAAGGUGGUGUUGCUGCUAAAGAUGAUAAUGCCAUUGAGAAGGAGAAAAAACGGAAAGAAUUUGAUGGGAAGGACUUUGAGGAUGAGGGCAGUGAGAUUUUACUGCAUAAGAUCAAGUGGGAAUUGCUUAAAAAGGAUUACUUUAUGCAAGCACCAGCUAAAGUCGUGGCGUGUGAUUAUCACCAAGGCCUUAAUCUUGUUGUUGUAGGGUUUUCAAGUGGCGUUUUUGGUUUGUAUCAGAUGCCUGAUUUUGUUUGCAUUCAUUUGUUGUCUAUAUCAAGAGAGAAGAUCACUACUGCUUCUUUUAAUGAUCUUGGUAAUUGGUUGACAUUCGGGUGUGCAAAGCUUGGCCAGCUACUUGUGUGGGAAUGGAAAUCAGAGAGUUAUAUAUUGAAGCAGCAGGGUCAUUAUUUUGAUGUGAAUUGUCUUGCUUAUUCACCUGAUUCUCAGCUCCUGGCUACUGGUGCUGAUGAUAAUAAAAUCAAGGUUUGGAAUGUUUCGUCUGGCUUUUGCUUUGUGACAUUUCCUGAGCAUACUAAUGCUGUGACAGCCCUCCAUUUUAUGGCCAACAAUCAAAGCCUUUUAAGUGCUUCUUUGGAUGGAACAGUUCGUGCGUGGGACCUUUUCCGGUACCGAAACUUCAGGACAUUCACUACUCCAUCUUCUAGGCAGUUUGUUUCAUUGACUGCUGAUCAGAGUGGUGAAAUUAUAUGUGCUGGAACUUUAGAUUCAUUUGAGAUAUUUGUUUGGUCGAUGAAAACACAACGCUUACUUGAUGUUUUAAGUGGUCAUGAAGGUCCUGUUCAUGGAUUAAUGUUUUCUCCAACAAAUGCAAUUUUAACUUCGUCUUCAUGGGACAAAACUGUGCGACUUUGGGAUGUUUUUGAAGGGAAGGGUUCUGUUGAGACAUUUCAGCAUGUCCAUGAUGUUCUCACUGUUGUUUACCGUCCAGAUGGAAAACAACUAGCUUGCAGCACGUUAGAUGGCCAAAUUAAUUUCUGGGAUCCCUUUGAGGGUUCAUUAAUGUACACUAUUGAGGGUCGUAGAGAUAUUUCUGGAGGUCGGUUGAUGACUGACCGCAGAUCAGCAGCUAACUCUACUUCUGGAAAGUACUUCACAACCUUAUGCUAUUCUGCUGAUGGAAGCUACAUACUGGCUGGUGGAAAUAGCAAAUUUAUCUGCAUGUAUGACGUUGCUGAACAGAUAUUAUUGCGUAGGUUUCAAAUAACUCACAACCUUUCACUUGAUGGAGUACUGGACAUCUUAAAUUCAAAAAAGAUGACAGAAGCUGGUCCACUGGAUUUGAUUGAUGAUAUCAAUAGUGAUGAAGAGGAAGGAAUUGAUAAGCAAACACGGGGAAAGCUGGGUUUGGAUUUGCCAGGAUCUACAUCUAACCGUGGUAGGCCUGUUAUUCGGACAAAGUGCCUGAGAAUUGCACCUACUGGGCGCAACUUUGCAGCAGCAACAACUGAGGGUGUUCUGAUUUAUUCUGUGGAUGAAUCUUUUAUUUUUGAUCCUACUGAUCUUGACGUAGAUGUUACUCCCGAGGCGGUUGAUGCAGCUCUUAAUGAAGAUCAACCAAGUAGAGCUCUAAUUCUAAGUCUUAGACUAAAUGAGGACUCGCUCGUGAAAAAGUGUAUUCUUGCUGUUAAUCCUGCCGACAUAUCAGCCGUUGCUUCAUCAAUCCCUUUCAGAUACUUGCAAAGAUUAAUUGAGGCGUUAACAGAACUUCUCGAGGGUAGCCCCUUUUUGGAAUUCAUUCUUAGGUGGUGUCAGGAAAUCUGCAAAGUCCAUGGUCAUUCAAUCCAACAAAAUUCGAAAAACUUACUUCCAACCUUGAAAUCCUUGCAGAAAGCAAUUACAAGUUCGCAUCAGGAUUUGGCAGAUAUGUGCUCCUCUAAUGAAUACACACUAAGAUAUUUGUGUGCAUCAAGCGUGAAAAUAUGACUUGAAUGGGAUAUGAAUGAUAGAAUCAUCUUAAUGUCUUAAUUUAUCUCCAUAAAGAAAGUUUGUCACCAAGUGACUUAUUUUUUUUUGUAGUUCUUUUUGUAUGUUAGUUCUGAGCUCGAGUUAUUAGGAGAAUGCUCUUCCAUGUAGAUCAUCAAGAAGCUUACUAGUUUUGAAAAUAGGCCUAGUGAUAUUAAUUGGUUCAAAGCUUGAGUAUUGUUGUAAUCUAUUCCACAUCAAAACUUUGUUAAAUGGUGUUUAUUGUUGAAUCGAUAUUCUCAAGGAUUUUUGAA